GCUAUUUCUUGUCAUGCCGUCACCGUGUUUAUAGACCAUGCGCCUGGUGAAACAGCCAUCAAUCAGAUCUUAUCUCACUCCAAAACAAACGUACGCAAACAAACAAUAAAAACAAUUCAUUACCAAACAAACAAUGCCAACAAUUACACGCUCAGUCUUACACACCUUCAUAGCGUACCUGAGCACUCCAAACACCACAGAAAAGCAGGUACGCAUAGAGAGAAUGCGCAGGAAACUUGCGCAGCGAAAGACCAUGGACAGACUGUGUCUGCAGCAAAAUCUUUAUUUAUCCAUUAAUAACGAUGUUACGGACGCGUUCGUGUUCAUAAACGCAUGUCAGCAUGCAGACAGGAGGAUAAAAUUCUUGGGAUACACUGGCGCGUUACAAGUUAGGAAUGCGGACGAGCUGCUUAUGAUGGUAAACACGUUGAAGAAAGAUAUGGAAAGAGGUGACAUACUCGCGGUAAGGUAUUUAGCCAAUGCUUUGGAGGUUCCAAUAGAGGAUAUUAGGAAUGAAAUACGAUUUGAGUGCACAAGAGAGAUGCUCGUACUCUUUUACAAGCUCUACAGGAUGGAUGGUACGAGAAAGGAUGGGAACGAUGCAUUUGAGGAUGGUAGUGAAAGAGAUGGUCACGAUGACGAGGAUAGAUGGGUGAAUGAUAGCAGUGCUCACCAGGCAGAACAUAAAGAAUCAGGAAACAUAGCGUUAAUCCGUUCAGAAAAUGUGCUGGAAGCUGGUUGUGUGAAAAAGGAGGCAAAAACGAUUUAUACAGAGUUUGUGGGUGAGACGAAUAGCGAAGCCGUGAAAUAUGAUACAGAACAAUGCACAGAAAAUAACAACAUUGCAAAUCAUGGAGUAAAGGUCAAAAGCAGUGCUGAUCGCGUAAAGGAUUGCAUGCCUAGCAGAAAUAUACCAAGGAGUGCCCUGGACAUUUUACGAAAAAAUUUUGACAAAUACAACACUCUCAACAAGGUGAAGCAAGUAAUAGUGAAGUACCCGCACAAACCGCCUAUUUCUCUCCAACCGACAGCCAUAAGGGGGUCACUCUCAGACAGAUUAUCGUAUCACACCAAUUUCAAACGGUUUUAUUCCCUAAAGGUACAACCUGAUGAUAUGCUUAAUGACAUUCUCUUCAUAAAAUUGCAAAUAAUGUUGGACCUAGAUGGUGACAUAAAGCUGAACCAAACAGAACAGGUCUUUUUACUUACGUUGUUCAGAGAAUCGGAGGACAACAUCCUAAAGACUAAGAUUGUACAGGUGGUCACACGCACUCACAACAUAAAAAAGAACAAAGAAUGGAUUGGUGAGAUAUCAAGCCGGUUGAAAUUUCCUGGUCUUUACAAGAUGAGUGCUGAUCAAGUGGCUGUUGUGCUCGAAUGUCUGCGCUUCAUGGUAAGACAUGGCGUGGCAAUACCAGAUGUGAACGUGUUCUUGUACAGACUGAUGCAUUCAUACCAGAACAAUUUUGUGUUCUUCGCCUUAGACGUGCUGAGAACGUAUAGAGUAUUUGACAGGCAGGUGAUCGAUAAGUGUCUUAGAAUGGAAAUUGUGGAUCAUCUCGCGUAUGAUACACUGUUUGGCAAUAUUUCUAAAAGGACAGCACGGUUUGCGUUUGAAAAGAUGGAAAAGACGCUCAUGUUGUUCUCGGAUGAUAAAAAUGUGCAAAAGAUUGUUAGAAAGAUCAUUGAAAAGGGAAGUGACAGGCUCUUGGUUAGUAUCAUACGGAAUUACCCAAAUAUCGGCUAUUUCUACGGUGUUCUCCGUGAAAUAAAGGAUAAAACAAAAUUGAGAGAAAUCCGAGAUUUUCUGGCCAAACAUUUGAACAUUUACGGUGUAGAUUUGAUAUGCCAGUUGUUCGAAAUGAAUGCCGGGUAUGAUCUAUCAAAGCAUAAAUCGAGAAGAUACUAUGACACGACAGAAGAUGAUGGAGAGACUUAUGAGGUGUUGGAACGUAGCGGUGAAGAGGUAAAAAAUAGCAUGAAGAUGAAUAAAGAAUGUGAGAGUCGGAAUGGUGAAAAGACAAUUAGUAACGAAAAGAAUGUUAUGUGUGCCACAAAUGUGACAGCAAGAAACGUGGGAGUGCGAAUAAGCGACUCUUACGGUUAUGGGGAGGGAUCUACAGGCGAAUCUUGGCACGUGCAACAUGAGAAGGCUGCUGAUAAGGCAACAAUAAGUGUCCAAGGCGAAGAUGAUAAUGCCGUAAACAACGAAGUUACAGGGCCAAAUCAAUUGGAACACGGUAACGAAUUUAGAACAGGGCCUGUUAUGGAUGAUCAAGCCAAGAUAACGCAUGAGUUUCUGUUUGAAGAAAAAGAAAAUGGUGAUAACGCUGCUAGUGGGCGGGUUCAUCCGCUCAAAAAAUCAGGUAAUCGUGAAAACAAUUAUAAAAGUCUGAGCAUCGAUAGAGUCAACAGAGAAUACACAGACUUUUACAAAAAAGGGCUAAAAGUGAUCACACAAGCAACAGAUAAGGAGCGACUAAAAGUUUUGGACCAUUUGAUAAGCGUUUGCCUGAGGUAUGGUGACGUCCAGAGAAAUAAAAAAUUACUUAUGAAGUUACUGAUGAAAAUCGAUGACGAGGAGGUGCGAGGAAUGAUCGAAAAGGGAAUCAUGUACUUUGAUCUGGUAGAUUUGCAUGGCAGUAUGAAUGAUUAAAUGGUUAUUACUGGACA